GGAAUGGUAUAUUAUCUUCUCAAGUGGAAAGGUUAUGAUGACAUGCACAAUUCAUGGGAGCCUUCUUUGUACCUUGAUUGUCCGGAGUUGGUAAAGCAGUUUAACCGUGAGCAACGGCUUAAGGCACUGAAGGCGGGAACAUCAGGCGCUAAUUCACAAAAGAGAUCAAUCUGUGCAACAAAAAUCACUCGUCCAAAAAGCGAGAAUGAGUUGGCGUUUGAAAAUUAUCUCUUGACACAUGCCCGUGAUGGACCGCCAAUUCAGGUUAUCAACGACGUUGAUGGACAAGGGAUUCCACCUGAUUUUACAUAUGUUGAUUACUACCUCUACGGUCAAGGAGUUCCUCGCCCUAAUGCACUGGAAGAAACUUUGGUAGGUUGUGAAUGCCCGGAUGGUGCUUGCAAAGGGAAUAAAUGUAGAUGUCUAAAGGAACUCAAUGAGGGAAAACUAAACUACUCGCGAGAGACCGGUCAAGUCAAGGUGCCCCCUGGACAUGUCAUCAUGGAAUGUAAUUCAAAGUGUCCGUGCAACAUAAAUUGUUUUAAUCGUGUCACACAGCAAGGUCGUAAGGUUCACCUGGCGAUAAAAAGGUUUCCCGAGAAAGGAUGGGGCGUGAUUGCUACCAAACGGAUUGAGGCAAACAUGUUCAUCACAUAUUAUUAUGGUGAGAUUAUAACAGCUGCUGAGGCCGACCUUCGUGGAAGCAAAUAUGAUGCAGUCGGAAGAACUUAUUUGUUUGAUCUCGAUUUUUGCGAUGAUGGGACAAACGAGAAUACCAAGUGUCUUUACACAAUUGAUGCGUGGCGUUACGGAAAUAUUUCCCACUUCUUCAACCACUCGUGCGAUCCAAACCUUGUGGUUUACCCUGUAAUGAAUGAUAAUGGUGACAUUAGGCUUCAUCACAUUGCAUUUUUUUCUAAGAAGGCCAUAGAGGUUGGAGAGGAACUCACAUUCAAUUAUACGGGGUCAUUUGAGCGACACGACGGUUAUGACGUACUCGAAUCGGAUGGAAGUCUCAGACAGGAAAUAAUGGAAAAAUAUAGGUGUAAAUGCAAGUCAGGAAAUUGUCGUGGAUAUUUUCAUACGGUCUAG